AUGCCUCCCCGUCACCCCCAUAUCGCAGGAGACUUUGAUAGAUACUUCGGAAACGUAAGCGAUCUCCGAAAUUGGCAACAAUUGUGCGCGGAUGUGAAGAUUCCUGGAGCGCGGCAUUUGAGGAGUAUUAAUGCGUGUAGAAAGGUGGGUUUGAGUGUUGUUCUUGCACUCUCUAACGUCCACGUCAAUAUCUGUCAACUAUUGGAACACUAUGAGACCGGCAUCCCGGUGAAAAUUUUCUCGAGUCAAAAAGAGCUUCUCGCGUAUACGAUUAGGGAAAAAAAGUUUUAUGCAUUGAGUGAGGCGAAGAAAGGGGGGCCGGUUAGGGGAUUGCUUUUUAAGAGGAGAUAG